UGUUCGAGGAUUUAAAACAUUUUUUAAUAAAAUUAUAUAUGGUAUAAGCGCUCAGUUUUAUUGAGUCUAUUGAUUAUUCUAUUCCUCCUGGAUUCAAAUUGAAAAAAAAAGAAAAUCAAAUGACAACUGCAAAAAAAAUGUAUCGUGAAGAGCCACCGGAAGGUGGUUGGGGAUAUUUAAUUGGGUUGGGUAUGGCAUUACCAUUUAUCAGUGCUCUAGGAUGUAUGCCUUCAUUUGGUUUAGUUUUUGGUGAUUUUUUACAUAAUCUUGGUGAAAAAACUAGUGCAAUUGCUGUUGUUACAAGUUUAUUUUUUAGUUCAAUGAGUUUUGCUGGCCUUCUAACUAACACACUAUUUCGAAGAUAUUCAAUUAGAACGGUUGGUCUAAUUGGUGGUUCAUUAUAUUUUUUUGGAUCACUUUUACAAAUUUUUGUACAAUCAACUUGGCAUUUAAUAAUAGCAUUUAGUUUAAUACAAGGGGCUGCCUUUGGAUUAAUGAUUCCAGUUGCUUAUACAUCAUUUAAUGCAUAUUUUGUAAAACGUCGUGUUUUAAUGAUGAAUAUUGCACAAACUUUAAUUGGUAUUGGUACUAUGGUUUAUCCAAUGGCAAUGAGAUUUCUUUUAGAUUCAUUUGGAUUUCGUGGUUGUUUAGCAAUUUUAGCAGCAUUCAAUGGUCAUGCAAUUUUUGGUAUGAUGGUUAUGCAUCCAGUUGAUUGGCAUAUUAAACGUAUUGAAAUUGAUGAAUGUGAAUUAAAAGAAAUAAUUAAAAAAAAUCAAUUAGAAAAUCAAAAUAAUUUAAUUAUUAAAAAUGAUUUAGAAGCAGCAAACGAAGAAAAAUCACAUUUAGAACCAUUAAUGGGAGAUGAAAAUUCAAAAAAUAACAUUAAUGAAAAUGGUCUAAAUAAUCAUGAAUUAAAGAGAGAUUCAAAAAGUAAUUCUAUGGCGAAAUUAAGUAAUAAUAAUUUAGAAAAAGUAGUAGAAAAUUCAAUUGAUAAUAAAAAAUCUAUGGGAAUUUGGGAAUAUAUUGUGGACUUUUUAGAUUUAACCCUAAUGAAAGAUCCAAUUUAUGUUAAUAUUGUAUUAGGAAUAUCAUUUGCUCUAUACUCAGACAUAGCUUUCUUCACUUUACAACCAUUGUAUUUAUUCGAAUUAGGGUUUUCGAAGGCCAGUACAGCCGAAAUAAUAGCAAUAGGUGCUGCUGCCGAUUUAGGUUCAAGAAUAUUUUUAGCAGGUGUAAGCGCUUUUAUUACAAUACCAUCACGAUAUGUUUAUUUGUCAGGAUCUUUAUUUACUGUUAUAUCACGAUUUGCAUUUUUACUUGUAUUCGAUUAUACUGGCAUGGCAGUAAUAACAGCUAUAAUGGGUUUUUUAAGAACAUGGAUUCAUGUUACAUUGCCUUUGGUUUUUGGUGAAUAUUUACCGAAAGAAAGAUUCCCAUCCGGUUACGGAUUAUUCAUGUUCUUACAAGGAAAUAUUACAUUUUUAAUUGGUCCUUUUGUUGGUUAUAUCCGUGAUGUUACACACAGUUAUCCAAUAACAUUUCAUUGUUUGAAUUUCUUUAUGGCUGCAUGUGCAGUACCAUGGCUUAUUGAAAUUGCAAUUAUAAAGCUUAAAAAGAAGGCGACAACAGUUUGAUGAAAUUGACUUUUUUUUCUUAUUUUUGAAAGGAGCGAAUGUGAUAAAUUUUUAUUUAAUAAAAAUUUAAUUAAAAAAUAUUUAAAAGCUAAUUUCUUAAAAAUGUACCAUAUACGAGUAUAUCUAGCAUAGUCCACAGACAGCAAUAUAUUAAAAUAACUAGACUGGUUUUAUAAAAGAGGUUAAAAAUAGAGAUCAUCAACUAAAUAGGAAUUCCGAUCGCAUUGUAUUUUAUUAACUAUGCUAUCCAUACUUUAA